CGGUGAUGUUGGUCAACUUCCCCCUCCCCCAUCCGCGUUCUAUAGCUCACGAAGCGGCACCAACUCCCCGUGUGCGCUCAUUUAUACUUUGAUAUUCUCCUGUUGCCGCCUUAGUUAUUCCGAUCCUCAAUCUCCAUACGAAUCUCCCCCGCGAAUCUCCUUUUUAUACACGUAGCACUCCGGCUACUCUGGACAUCGAGGGCAUUGACGGCUGACGGCCGAUUGCUCGAAGGCCAAAGGCAUCGAAGCCAAGGGGGAAUAUACAAUUACUUCAGGGAAUAGUGCGAGAAUUGAAUAGACGGACACAAUGGCGACUUUCUUGGAGAAUGCAUACAGUCUCGUCCACCAGGACAACUCUGCCGACGUCCCCUCUCAGAAUGAGCUCAAGCAGUCUCUCGAGAAAGGCUCGGACGAGCAGAAGAUCGAAACUAUGAAGAAGAUCCUCUCCAUAAUGCUCAACGGCGACCCUCAAUCGGGCCUGUUGAUGCAUAUAAUAAGAUUCGUCAUGCCUAGCAAGUCGAAGCCUCUCAAGAAGCUCAUGUACUUUUUCUUUGAAGUCUGCCCCAAGUAUGACGCUCAAGGUAAGCUUCGUCAGGAAUGGAUAUUGGUCUGCAAUGCAAUUCGUUUCGACUUGCAGGCACCAAACGAGUACGUGAGGGGAAAUACUCUACGCUUCUUGUGCAAACUGCGGGAUGCCGAGUUGGUGGAGCCGCUCCUACAGCCCGCACGUCAAUGUCUUACCCAUAGGCACGCCUACGUUCGAAAGAAUGCUACCUUCGCAAUUGCCUCCAUUUUCACCCAUCUUCCCGAGCUUCUCCCCGACGCUCCGGAUCUCCUAGUCACUUUCCUCGAUGACGAGAACGAUCCUACUUGCAAGCGCAACGCUUUCGCCGCAUUGGCCUCGAUCAGCCACGAUAAAGCCUUGGAAUACCUGAGCACCGUGUUCGACUCCAUACCAAACCAUGACGAGCUUGUUUUGCUCGCUGAGCUUGAGUUCAUCCGGAGGGACGCCGUCAUCAACUCCCAGAACAAGGCACGAUAUCUCCGACUUAUUUUCGAUCUCCUCGAAUCUAGCGUUUCCACUGUGAUCUAUGAGGCUGCACACGCUUUGACUACCCUGACGAACAAUCCUGUUGCUGUGAAGGCCGCGGCAAGCAAGUUCAUCGAGCUUGCCAUCAAGGAGCCGGACAACAAUGUCAAAUUGAUUGUGUUGGAACGUGUCGAUCAGCUACGAGAGAAGAACGAGGGAAUACUGGAUGACUUGACCAUGGAAACCCUCCGUGUACUUUCAAGCACUGAUCUAGAUGUACGAAAGAAGGCCCUCAACAUCGCUCUUGAAAUGGUCACGAGCAGGAAUGUCGAGGAGGUUGUCUUGCUUCUUAAGAAGGAGCUCAUGAAGACUGUUGACGAACAAUACGAGAAGAACAGCGAGUACCGAUCGCUACUCAUCUCUGCUAUCCACCAGUCGGCCAUCAAAUUCCCAGAGGUUGCAGCAAGUGUAGUCGGGUCGCUAAUGGACUUUAUUUCCGAUGUCAGCAGCAACGCUUCGGCUGUCGACGUUAUUUCGUUCGUGAAGGAAGUCGUCGAGCGCUUCCCAGAUUUGCGACCCUCCAUCAUCGAGCGCUUGGUUACUACUCUCGGUGAAGUCCGUGCUGGCAAGGUCUACCGUGGUGUGCUCUGGAUCAUUGGAGAAUUCUCUUUGGAGGCCAAGGACAUCCGUGACGCUUGGAAGGGCAUCCGUUCGUCCCUUGGUGAAAUCCCUAUCCUUGCGUCAGAGCAACGUCUCCUGGACGACGCUUCUGAGGGCAAAGAGACCGAACAAGUCAACGGACAUGCCAAACCUGCAGCGCCUUCAGGAUCCCGCAAAGUCCUCGCCGACGGUACAUACGCCACAGAAAGUGCACUUACUUCAUCAGCAGCAGCGAAGGCCAAGUUGGAAGCAGUCAAGAACUCGCAGAAGCCCCCUCUCCGACAACUCAUCCUGGAUGGCGACUAUUAUCUCGGAACUGUCUUGUCAAGUACUCUCACCAAGCUUGUCAUGCGACAUUCAGAGAUAUCUAAGGAUGGUGCCCGUACAAACGCCCUUCGUGCCGAGGCCAUGCUCAUCAUGAUCUCCAUCAUCCGUGUUGGUCAGUCGCAAUUCGUUAAGACUCUCAUUGAUGAAGACUCUGUCGACCGAAUUAUGUCUUGUGUCAGGUCAUUGUCAGAAUUCUCGCAAAGAAAGGAGCUUGAGACCGUCUUCUUGGAGGAUACCAGGAAAUCAUUCCGAACCAUGGUGCAAGCAGAAGAAAAGAAACGCGCGGCAAAGGAAGCUUCUGAGAAGGCCAAGUCCGCUGUUAAUGUUGACGACUCUUUCAACAUCCGACAGUUGAAGAAGCGUGACGUAGAUGGAAACGAUGAGAUUGAGCAGGAUUUGGAGAGGGCCACCGGUGGUGACACGGCAACUGAGGAUCUGACAUCGAAGCUCAGCCGCGUUGUACAGCUUACUGGCUUCUCAGAUCCUGUCUACGCCGAAGCCUACGUCAAGGUACACCAAUUCGACAUUGUUUUGGACGUCUUGCUGGUCAACCAAACAACCGAGACCCUUCAAAAUCUGACAGUCGAAUUUGCCACACUUGGUGACUUGAAGGUUGUUGAACGCCCACCCACGCAGAAUGUGGGUCCUCACGACUUCAUCAACAUUCAAGCAACUAUCAAGGUUUCUUCCACUGACACCGGUGUCAUCUUCGGUAAUGUCAUCUACGAAGGCGAGAAGGGUGUUGACUCAAAUGUUGUUAUCCUCAACGAUGUACAUGUUGAUAUCAUGGACUACAUCAAGCCUGCGCAUUGCACCGAGACGCAGUUCCGAACCAUGUGGACCGAGUUUGAAUGGGAGAAUAAGGUCAACAUCAACUCGAAGGCCAAAUCGCUGCGCGACUUCCUGAAACAAUUGAUGGCGUCGACCAACAUGAGCUGUCUCACACCGGAAGCAUCAAUGAAGGGAGACUGCCAGUUCUUGUCCGCAAAUCUUUAUGCACGCAGUGUAUUCGGCGAGGAUGCACUUGCCAAUCUCAGUAUAGAAAAGGAGGGAGAGAAUGGCCCGAUAACGGGUUUCGUGCGCAUUCGAAGCCGAUCGCAAGGGUUGGCUCUAAGCUUGGGAUCUUUGAAGGGGUUGAACAAGGUAUAAUG